UGAUAACGGUUGUCUGGUUGUCGUUUUGUUUAGUUAAUUAGCUUAUAGUAUUUUGUUGUUUUGGAUGAUUUUAAAACAGUUUUUUACAUUAACUGUUCGAUAGAAUUAAGCUGUUUUGGAAGACGAUUUUCUCUUCUUAAACUUACCAUCGUUACUUGGACGAUAUUACGUUGAGAGCUAAUUUUUUGUUUUCACAAUUUACGUAGCGCGCGCAUACGGAAUCUUGCAAUUACGUCAUUUAUAUCUCCGUAGAAACAAACUCUAAUUGGUGUGACUCGCUAUGUUUACAAAUAUCUUUAUUGUGCCACAGUUUUUUGAACACGAGCUCUAAGGUUUGACAGUAUAUUAUUUCUAGAGACAUAUUAAUGAUUUCUACAAACGACAGUUUCGCGCAGUUCGUUUUCUUCAAAACAGCAGGCAACGUUCCGGCUGAGCUUUUCCAACAAUCCUGGAUACCCAUAGCGAAGGGUUUUCUGGCCCGGGGGAUAACUAAUAUCAUACUUAGCGCAAGAGUAGGACCCCAGAGUGAUUUGAGCAAAUUCACAUUUGUCAGCAAGAAUUGGUGGGACUCGGUUACAGCAAUAAAGGGAACUUUCCCCAAAGGUCUUCCCGGUCCAUCAAAGAAGGGAAAUAUAAACGUCUCUCAGGGUGGAAUUUUCAAGGUCGAAGAGUGCUCAGACCUUAUCAAACACCAGUUAUUGUCAGGAAAGACUAAAAACACCUACAAGAUCCUCAUUAUGGUACCCAUCAAGGAAACCCCGGCAAAAGAGUACAUGCAAGAGCUCAAGACCCGAAUACAGGAAAUCUCGGGGUAUGACAGUCUUUGUGUGUACAGAUUAGACCCCUGCUCGGGAGAUCUAACUAGGCCUUGGUUCUACAGCUGGAUAAUCGAGGCAUACUUCCACUCACAUUUGUUUAGUCCUGAUGAGGCAAUGGAUGUAUUUCGGGAUAACAUGAAACUCCCUGAUAGUUGGGAUAUGAGUAUACACGUGGACGACAUGCAACUUACACCCCAAGACAUCACAUAGGAAUUGCUCGUACACCGUUGUUAUUGGGAAAUAAGUGAUUCUUCAACUAAUAAAUUGCUGUUUAGACAUUU